AUAUCACAGUCUUGUGUCACGUGACGUACAAAAUGGCAGCGCCCAUGUUCAAUUUCAAUGUUGGUGUUUUGGGACACGUUGACAGCGGUAAAACUAGCUUGUCAAAAACUCUCAGUACCACAGCUAGUACUGCAAGCUUUGACAAGAACCCGCAGAGCAAAGAACGUGGGAUAACUCUUGAUCUUGGCUUCUCUUCAUUCCAAGUGGAUCUCCCCACCCACCUGGUUCGUGAAGGGGAGCAAGGAGUUGUGCAAUACACUCUAGUAGAUUGCCCAGGACACGCUUCCUUAAUAAAAACAAUAAUUGGAGGUGCCCAGAUUAUUGAUCUUAUGCUUCUAGUUGUUGAUGUUGUGAAAGGAUUACAAACACAAACUGCUGAAUGUCUCGUGAUUGGUGAAAUUACCUGCAACAAAAUGAUUGUUGUCCUUAAUAAAGUGGAUCUUUUACCGCCGGAAAAGAAGGACUCUAUGAUAGACAAGAUGAAGAAGAAAAUGUUAAAGACCCUAGAGAGUACAAGAUUUGCUGGAAGUCCUAUAGUAGCUGUGGCUGCUAAACCAGGGGGUCCUGAGUCUCCGGAAACAGAAAGUAUAGGUCUAACAGAUCUGAUAGACACCCUCAAGUCCAACACGUAUAUACCUCAGCGUGAUGUCCAGGGUCCGUUCAUCUUUUCAGUAGACCACUGUUUCAGUAUUAGAGGUCAGGGGACUGUGAUGACUGGGACAGCCCUCAGUGGGAGUGUGUCGGUCAAUGAUACUAUAGAGAUUCCAGCAAUGAAAGUAACAAAGAAAGUCAAGUCAAUGCAGAUGUUUAGGAAACCAGUAGAAAAAGUGGUUCAGGGUGACAGAGCUGGUAUCUGUGUGACCCAGUUUGACCCAAAGUUGCUGGAAAGAGGGACCAUUUGUACCCCUGGAGCUCUACCAACCAUAGAAGCUGCAGUUAUUUCUGUUCAAAAGAUACCUUAUUACAAAGGCAGUAUCACCUCAAAAGCAAAGUUUCAUAUUACGACGGGUCAUGAUACUGUGAUGGGACGAUUGACAUUCUUUGGUCUCUAUGACAAAAAAGAGUUAGAGUCGCUAGAAAGUCAGACUGCUCAAAUAAAAAUCAGCGAUGAAAACUCCCUUGAUCUUUCAAAGGAAUAUCUGUACCAGGAGGAAUUGAUUUCGAAAAGCUCUAAAAAUAAAGGUGAUUCAGCCGAGGGCGGAGACGAUAAUAAAAUACCUGUAAGACAGUAUGCUCUAGUCCAGUUUGAGAAACCGGUCACAUGUCAAAAUUCAGCGUUAGUGAUUGGUUCAAAACUCGAUACAGAUAUUCAUGCAAACAUUUGUCGGAUAGCGUUCCAUGGAAAACUGCUCUUGGGAAUGUCCGACCCAAAAUAUGUGGAAACUGUGUUACCAAAGAUAAAAGUUUACAAGACAAAAGUGAAAGAAGGAUUAGUAGAGCGGGUGAUGGAUGAAUACACUGUGAUAGGGAAGAACAUGUUCAAGAAAGAGACAAAUAUAGCUACGUUCACCAAUCUCAAGAUCAUGUUGUCGACGGGUGAGGCGGGAGUGAUAGAGGGAGGAUUUGGGCAGAGCGGAAAAAUAAAAAUAAGAAUCCCAGGUGGACUGCCAGCAGAAACUGUGAAGAGAUAUUCUGGUGGGAAGAAGAAGUCAAAGGGAAAAGGAAAUGAAGAGUCGGCCAAUCAGGAUGAAGAUACAUCUGACAGAGAACCAAUCAAAAUUCUUCUUACAUUUAAAAGAUACAUUUAUGAUCCAGAGAAGAAAAUGAAACAAACCUGAUGAAGGCCAGCAAUAAAUGCAUUGAAAAGUCAUUUCAGUGCCAUUCUUCCAUCAGAAAGCAUAGCAAAUUCACAGACCAGAAUUUCCCUUUAUACUUCUACACUUGAAACAAAUGUUCUAACGCUUGUUAAUUUGCCAAUAUUUUAGAUAAUCAAUUUUUUUUUAAAUUAGGCAUAUUUGAAGGGAGAUAUGUUGUUAAUGCUAUUGGAAAAUUAAAAAAAAUAUGCCAGCAUCUGAUUUUAUUCAUUACCUCAUUUCAACCUUUGUCCCAUUUUUUCGAGCCCACUUGCAGUGAGCUUGAUUUAGUUGUCACUUUUGGAGGGUCAGUGCAUGUGCGUGCGUCCGUGCAUCCAUCUGGACCGUAACUUUGACAUGUAUGGACCAAUCUUGUUUAUAUUUGGCAUGAAUGUUGGAGUGUCAUGCGUAAACGCCAUGUUCCUAUGUCAAAGGUCAAUGUCACAGUUGGAGGUCGAAGGUCAAAUUGAAGUUUGUCUGGAGCAUUUCUUCUUCUUGUAUGGUGGAAUCUUGAUGUAACGUGGCGUGAAUGUUCACAGAUAUGAGACAGAGUGUCUUGCACAAGAACCAGGCCCCAAUUUCACAAAAAAACUUAUAAUAAGUAUUUGCAUAAAUAAGUCUGUUAUUUCAAGUGCUUCUUUUUGCCCUUUAUAUGUUUUCAAUCUUGACUUUUUCAUCUGUAACAGGACAGUAUAUGACUGUUUCAUAGAUCAAAACACAACAAUUCUGAAUUUUACUUAAAACUAAGUAUAGAAAUAAGAAAUACGCUAAAGCAAAUACUUAAGUUCAUUAUAGAAGUAUCAUAUUUGCACGACCAAAUAAGUAUUGUGGACAGAUACUACUAACCAUAGUAUAAGUUAUCUAUAAACACAUUGUUAUAGAAAAAAAUCAACAUUAAAUAACAAUAACUUAAGCAAUAGCACGAUUUUUAAAUAACAGACUUUACUAAGUAAUUACUUAAGUUUUUUCGUGAUAUUGGGGCCAGGUCCCAAGGUGUAAGGUCAUUGUCUUGUCAUAUCUAGGUAGAGCAUUAAUUUAAUUUGAUUUUUAACCAUAUUCUGAUGAAAUAUCAAUACAUGUUUUUGUUGAUAAAAUGUGUGUAAAGAAAGUUUGUUCUGGUGAAGCAGACUGCUGUCUUAUAUGACUUGGAUUUAAAUGACAACAUGAGGGCUGUAGUGGAUUAAGUUGCUCACCUAAAAUUGACUGUUUUACAUUUAUGUAUCACACACUGAAUUCUGAAUGGUAGCAACACCACAGUGUUUAGUACAGAAACAAAAAUCUUGAAACAGAUUAUUAGCAUGAUUAGUGCACCAAUUUGAAUAAAUUUGAGAGAGGUCCUUACAAGGCUGCUUUGAUGAAACUAAAUAAAGAUCCACAAGAAAAUGUCAUUUCAAUAUAUUUCUGUUUUCAGCUAAAAUGUUCCCUAAAAAUGGGUCAAGCGCACUCAUUUGAAGAAAUUUAACAGAGGACUUUAUUAGAAAUCUACAGGCCAACUUUGAUGAAGGUCCAUCAGGUGGUUAAUAAACAGAAGUUUUUUCAAAAGCCAACGACCCCUUUUAGUGUCAGAGUGCAGCCAUAAUAAUUUUGCAGAAUACCUUAUUAUUAUCCUACAGACAACAUUAAAUUUCUAAUAAUGAUGCGUCAAGCAUUUCAUGAAACAAUACUUGUUUUAUGUAUUUGAGCCGCGCCAUGAAAAAACCAACAUAGUGCAUUUGCGACCAGCAUUGACCCAGACCAGCCUGCACAUCAACACGGUCCGGUCAGGAUAUAUGCUGUUCGCUUUCAACAUUGCUGUUCGCAGAUGCACAGGCUGGUCUGGAUCCAUGCUGGUCGCAAAUGCACCAUGUUGGUUUUCUCAUAGUGCAGCUCAUUUUCUUUUUUAAGCUCUUCUGUGAAAAAAAUUUGGAGAAUAUUUUUUUAUAUACAUGUUAGAAUUAUGCUAUGAACUAAGUUUAAUGGAGAUUAAUCAGAGGUUCAUGAAAGUUUUUUUUUUUAUAUUAUUUGUUCUAAUAGCCCCUAAAAGGGAUCAAGUGCAUUCAUUCGAACAACUUUGAGAGAGGAACUUGUAAUGUUGCUACAGGCCAUGCUUGGUGUAAAUCUUACCAGUAGUUUUAGAGGAGAUGUUGAUGUAAAUUAUGGAUACUGUACAGUCCACUUAUUCUAAUAGCUGACACUGAGCCUUUGGAAAUGACCAGUUGGAAUGAACUUUCCUUACAUCCAUUUGUCAUUCUCUUGUUUUGUGAAAGAAAACUUUUUUGUUUAUUUUUUGUGACUUUGGAAGAGGUUAUAAAAUGAAUGAAAUUAUGUCUGUGCAUUUUUAAAAAUUUCUGUUUUUUUUUCACAGUAUAAUAUUCCUAAGAAUGUGACAAAAUUGUGUUAGAAAAUAUGUUAUGUUUGUUUUUAAUGUUUGUUUCAGAAAGUCUAAGUUUUAAGUUGGAUAUCAAAGCUGAUAUACCUGUGUAAUUGUUGAAAUAUAUAUUUUAUUGUGUACUGUACAAAGUAUAGCUGAAUUACUUUUAUUUUGUGUCAGAUUUCUGUAGCGAGUCUGAAACUUUUGACAGUUUACUGCGUAUUUUCCUGACUAAAAUAGUUCUGUUUUAGGUAAAAAAAAUCUUAAAAUGUUUUGAAUCACCUUUAAAAUUUAUUUUAUUGCAGUCACAAACUGAAAGAAGGCUUUUCUAAAUUCCAAAUAAUUUUACAUUAGUCUGGAUUGCUUGCUUUAAUGACCAAAGAGAAAAUGUCGUUUAAUCGAGUGCUUCUUGGUGUUGGUGUUAUUUUUGUCUUUAAAAAUCUAGAAAUCAUGUGUUUUUAGCUCACCUGUCACAACAUGACAAGGUGAGCUUUUGUGAUCGCGCUGUGUCCGUCGUCCGUCCGUGCGUCUGUAAACUUUUGCUUGUGACCACUCUAGAGGUCACAUUUUUCAUGGGAUCUUUAUGAAAGUUGGUCAGAAUGUUCAUCUUGAUGAUAUCUAGGUCAAGUUCGAAACUGGGUCACGUGCCAUCAAAAACUAGGUCAGUAGGUCUAAAAAUAGAAAAACCUUGUGACCUCUCUAGAGGCCAUAUAUUUCAUAAGAUCUUCAUGAAAAUUGGUCAGAAUGUUCACCUUGAUGAUAUCUAGGUCAGAUUCGAAACUGGGUCACGUGGGUUCAAAAACUAGGUCAGUAGGUCUAAAAAUAGAAAAACCUUGUGACCUCUCUAGAGGCCAUAUUUUUCAUGAGAUCUUCAUGAAUAUUGGUCAGAAUGUUUACCUUGAUGAUAUCUAGGUCAAGUUCGAAACUGGGUCACGUAGGGUCAAAAACUAGGUCAGUAGGUCUAAAAAUAGAAAAUCCUUGUGACCUCUCUAGAGGCCAUAUUUCUCAAUGGAUCUUCAUGAAAAUUGGUCAGAAUGUUCAUCUUGAUGAUAUCUAGGUCAAGUUCGAAACUGGGCACGUGGGGUUAAAAACUAGGUCAGUAGAUCUAAAAAUAGAAAAACCUUGUGACCUCUCUAGAGGCGAUAUUUUUCAAUGGAUCUUCAUGAAAAUUGGUCAGAGUGUUUACCUUGAAGAUAUCUAGGUCAAGUUCGAAACUGGGCACGUGGGGUUAAAAACUAGGUCAGUAGAUCUAAAAAUAGAAAAACCUUGUGACCUCUCUAGAGGCCAUAUUUUUCAUGAGAUCUUCAUGAAUAUUGGUCAGAAUGUUCACCUUGAUGAUACCUAAGUAAAGUUCGAAACUGGGUCACGUGGGGUCAAAAACUAGGUCAGUAGGUCUAAAAAUAGAAAAAACCUUGUGACCUCUCUAGAGGCCAUAUUUCUCAACGGUUCUUCAUGAAAAUUGGUGAGAAUGUUCACCUUGAUAUUUAGGUCAGGUUCGUAACUGGGUCAUGUGCGGUCAAAAACUAGGUCAGUAGGUCGAAAAAUUGAAAAACCUUGUGACCUCUCUAGAGGCCAUAUUUUUCACGAGAUCUUCAUGAAAAUUGGUGAGAAUGUUCACCUUGAUGAUAUCUAGGUCAAGUUUAAAAGUGGGUCACGUGCCUUCAAAAACUAGGUCAUUAGGUCAAAUAAUAGAAAAACCUUGUGACCUCUCUAGAGGCCAUUUUUUUCAAUGGAUCUUCAUGAAAAUUGGUCAGUUUUUUUUUUCUUGAUGAUAUCUAGGUCACAUGUGCUCAAAAAGUAGGUCACUAUGUCAAGUAAUAGAAAUAACGAUGUCAUACUCAGUUCAACACUGGGUCAUGUGGGGAUAGGUGAGCGAUUCAGGACCAUCAUGGUCCUCUUGUUUAUAUCUGUGGUUAUAGUGACACUAGCCCAGAAAGGAAUGUACAUGUACAUUGUAUCAAAAAAUACAAAUAAAAUUAAAUUCAAAAUUUUCAUUUUCAUUUUCUGAGAUGCUCCAAGUUCAAAACACUGUAGUCUGAAACACUUUAGUUCCACACAUUCAUAAUACACUUGUAAAACCAUGGAUGGAACCGCUUGCCUCAUAGGUGCAAGCCCCACUUGGGUCAUUCAUUAUGUGUUGGCAUAUUUCAGCUAGCUUGAAGGAUGGUGGCUCUACUCGCAUACCCAUCCAAUCCAGUUGUAUAUUUACACUGAGGCACAGUAAGGUUUAUUCUUUUCAGAAAUGGUUGAAGGUUGUUCUGCAAUUUUGAAACAUAUUUUCUACAAAGUAGAAUUUUAUGAAACCAUGAUUUCCAAGCUUUAUGGGAAUUCAGCUUCUAAAAAUUUAAAUAAAAAAAACUCAGUUGUGUUAA